UUGGUAAGUGCGAACGCAAACGUCGGCUCAUCAAGAUUUGUGCUGGUGAAGCUACGUUACCUAUGGGUGUGUUGCGAUACUCCAACAAACUUAGGUAUGGAUCUUUUCCAUCUUGUUUUGCUUUCGAUAGCAAACGUUUCACGAUUUGAACUGCUUUCUCAGCCAAACCGUUUGAUUUCGGAUAAUAUGGACUUGAAGCCUGAUGCUCGAAAUUCCACUUUUGUGCGAACUGCUUGUACUCCGUGGCAGUGUACUGAGGACCAUUGUCACUUCUUACGACUGAUGGAAUUCCAUGUCUUGCAAAUAUGGACUUCAUAUGAUUCACAACAGUUCUGCUGGUGGUGUUUUCCAACUUGACUACUUCAAUAUAAUGCGAAUAAUAAUCUGCCACGACCAGAUAGUUGUUCUGAUCCCACUGAAACAAAUCAGUUGCGACCAUUUCCCAGGGUCUCGAUGGUAUUGUUCCUUGCACCAUGGGUUCUUUGGGAUUCGACAUCUGGUAUUCUUGGCAGGUUUUGCAUUUGGAUACAACAGCUUCAAUUUGCUCAUUCAUUCUUGGCCAAAACAUAAUGUCCCUUGCUCGUCGUUUGAAUUUCUCUAUGCCCAUGUGACUCUCAUGUAUUCUUUCUAGCAUCUUUCCUCUCAUACUGAGGGGUAUGAUAAUCUUGUCUUGCUUCAACAAGAUUCCAUCUACUUCUGAAAGCUCGUCACGAUAAUUCCAGUAGUCAUGGAUUUCGCAAGGUGUUUGUUUUCUUGUCUCUGGCCAUCCCCUUCGGAUUGUUGAGAACAGGGUCUUCAUGGUCUGGUCAAUCGCUGUUUCAUUUUGAUCAUUUCUUUCCCAGGUCUGUAUUUCAAUGUAAAGCCGUACCGUUGCAACCGUAAUAGCAUUCUCUGCAGACGAGGUGGCGCUGACGUUAACGACUUCUUCACAAUUGAGACCAACGGUUUAUGAUCAGUUUCAACUUCUACAGCUCAGGCAUAUGUGUACUGGUUGAACUUCUCGAACGCAAAAACAACUGCCAAUAGUUCUUUUUCGAUCUGCGCAUACCGAGUUUCCGCAUCUGUUAGGGCUCUCGAAGCAAACGCGACUGGUUUGUCAUCUUGAAGUAAGGCAGCUCCCAAACCGCUCUUUGAAGCAUCACACGUCACCGUCACAGGUUUCUUCACAUUAUAGUAUGCAAGAACUGGCGCCUUUGUUAGUAUUUCUUUUACUUCUUGGAACGCUUUCUCCUGUGCACCUCCCCAUUGAAACUCCACGCCACUUUUCAUAACUUCUCUAAUCGGCUGCAUUAUGGUGGACAUGUUAGGUAUAAACUUUGCUAGAUAGUUCACUGUACCAAGCAAUCGUUCAGCUCCUUUCUUAUCUUCGGGAGGGGGCAUCUGCUUAAUGGCUUUAACCUUCUGCUCAUCUGGCUUCACACCUUCUCGGGUUAACUUGUGACCGAUAUAAGUGACUUCUUUCACUCGAAACUCGCAUUUCUCUUUGUUGAGAGGGAGGUUGAGCUAUUCACAUCGUUGUAGGGUAUUCAUCAGACGUUCGUCGUGCUCUUCGACUGUGGCUCCCCAAACCAAAAUAUCAUCCACAUCUGUUUCCACGCCCUCGAGAUCUCCAAAGGAUUGACACAUUCGUUUCUGGAAUACUUCUUGCGCAGACUUGAUUCCAACUGGCAUCCUUUUAUAACAGUAACGGCCAAAUGGUGUGUUGAAUGUGGUCAGCAAUCGGCUCUCUUCAUCUAGUGGUAUUUGCCAAUAGCCAUGAUUUGCGUCCAGUUUGGAGAAUACUCUGGCUUCGGCCACACGCGUCGUGAUUUCCUCUAUUGUUGGCAUCUUGAAGUAUUCUCGCUUGAUAGCUUCAUUGAGUGUUCUUGGAUCAAGACAAAUUCGUAGUUUGUCACUGUUUGGCUUCUCUAUAAUCACUGUCAAUUCACCCACUCGGUUGGACCAUCGACUUUCUCCACGACUCCCUUUUCUUCCAUAUCAUCUAGCGAAGACCUCAGCCUCUCUCUGAGCGCAACUGGUGUACUUCUUAAAGGACUGACGACAGGUAUAAUCGUAGGGUCGACUUCGAUGUGGUAUGGAUUCUUUAGGCAUCCCAAACCUUGAAAUACUUUAGGAAAUUUCUCAUGAAUGGUUUCUGCUGAUUGACCAAUCACAUUGUUCACAUUCAUGAUGAUUUUGAUCAGAUUCAGUUCUUGAGAAGCUUUCAAACCAAUGAUGGGAACUUGUCCAGUUUUCACCACGAAAAAUUUCAAUGUCUUGUUGUUACAUUUCAGAUUGCAUUCUCCGACGACCGGUAGAUAAUCGCCAGUGUAACUUGUUAACUUUGCUGUUGGUCUUUCUAACCGGGUUUGUUUCAGCUUCAUCUUCUCGAAUGUAAGUAGGGGUAUUAUAUUGGCUUGUGAUCCCGUGUCAAUCUUGAACUUGAUCUCAUUUCCCUCGAUUGAUAAAGUUUUGAAAACAUUCUCUUCGUUAUGAAUUGAAUUAACCGCUCCAAUAAACAACGGUUCGUCAUCUGUACCCGCUUUGUCUACUGCAUGUAUUAUCUUUCACUUGCAGAAUUUAGCGAAAUGAUUCUUUUUGUCACACCUAAAACAUUUCUUACCAAAAGCUGGGCAUUCUUUCGCAGGAUGAGACUUUCCGCACUUUCCGCAACACGAUACUUGUUCUUGUUUGUUGCCGCCGUUAUGCUUGAAAUCACGCCUUCGAUUUGCAUCUAAUUUGCUACGAUAAUUUCCUGAUUUGUUAUGUUUUCCUAUGGCCUUGACGCUCUGAACAUCGUUUAGUACUUUUAGUUGUUCCUCAGACUGUUCGUUUAUUUGACAUAUUUCUAACGCUUUAUCUAACGUUAACUCUCGUUCUCGUAAUAACCGUUCUCUCACACGCUCCGAUUUUAUUCCGUAAACAAGUUAACGUCCACCGAAGCACGAGAACGAACGAAUAGCCUUAUUAACUGAACGACUGUACCGUCCACAUUCGUUCAACUGAACGGUUUCAAUUGGCUGAGACAAAUUUAAUUAGCAUAUUCGUUUCGUUAGUUGAGCUAUCGUGUUAAAAUUCUUUGUGAUCAGCUGUGUAAAUAUUUCUAUUCGUAUGAAGCAAUUUGCUGCAUGAGUACGUACAGAUUGUAUAGAAAAAAGUCCACAUUUUCAGAUUCAAAUUUUGAAAGAGUGCACUGUUGUUAAACUAAAUGCAAUUUCGUAUGCGCAUGCAUGUGUGAUUAAUUAAAGUGAUUUGAGCUUCUGUUUGUUGAGGAGGUAAAACGAAAUAUGGCAGACGACGUUGAGGUCAUAAAUAUAGUACUCGUAAAUCUUCAGAUUUUAAAUUUAUAUACCUGUAAUCCAUGCGGCCAUAGAAGAGGCAACAGAUCAGAGAGAAAUAAUUGACGAAGAUGAAUUGAAUGCUUUAUUUGCCUGUAUCAGGCAGCUCUAUGCGCUGCUCAGUUUAAUAGCAACGUGCGCUCAGUCCAUUUUACAAAGAGCUCGCACUGAACAAAUUCUAAACCCCGACUUCGUUGGUUCACAUUUCCCGAGAAGAGAUUUCUGCAGCGAAUUAGAAAGGUGUGAGCAUUUGUUUUGGUCGAUGACAAGCGAGAACGUGGAAUCGUUUCGUCAACUGGUGCACGACAUGCUGCCGUAUUUACUCUCUUUGUUCUCUUGCAAUAAAAUCGCGAAGUCUUCUUGCUGCACGUCGAUUUCCAACAUUAGCAUAGAGCUCCUGCACAUUGGCAGGAAUCUCACGAAAUCUCUCAUGCCUCACGAUAUCGUUCGCUAUCACGUCCCAGAUCGGACCGAUGUCCAUAUACCGCUCAUGAAUCACGGCUCGUUCCACCUCGCCUAUACGUCUUACUUGUCUUGGAAGCAUUAUUGAAACUAUGGACUAUGGUUUACGCGUACGUUAUAACGCUAAGUUUGAAAGGCAUGCAUAAUAUGCACAGACAACGAAUUCUAUACUCAGUGCUAUACAGUCAAGACAGCCCACAUUGUGUGUUUUGUUUCAGCCAGGUUAUGUUAUGUGUUCUCUAUCCUCCAGGGCGUUUCAAACAAUCAAAGCGCUGGCCUAAACAACAUUUUACUUAAUAUGCAUGUUCACUAGUUGUUUAGCACAUUGACAUGAAUAUUUGUAUGUAUGAAUGUUUGGCACGCACAUAGGAAUCAUUUGCAUUCAUUCGAAUGGGAAACAUUGUUAAGAAUGUUUAAUUCGUAGCAAUUCGUAGCUGUUUAUGUAUGAUCAUCGUCAUAGACAACCAACGACGAUUAAUAAUGAUGAUACGCAGUACAAGGAAUGUGAUAGAGUUAACCUAUAAACGGUGACAGAAAAACCGGCAAGAAAUUUGAGUUUGAACUUGACAAAGCGUACCAGGACAUGUCCGUUUUGUAGUAAGUAGGUCGUAACGAAUGGGUUGUAACGUAUCUCCCAUAGUUACUAACUCGUCAUUCGUUCACUCGUUCGUUCACUUUGGUCUAUUCGUACAUGUUUUAAUAUGCAAACCAAUCAGCUUUCGCGAUUUCAAUGAAACAAUUUACAUACUUGCAUAUUCGUUCGUUCUCGUGCUUCGGUGGACGUUAACUACAACGCGGUCCCUAAUCAACUCGUCCUCAAGAGACCCAAAGUUGCAAUUCUUAGCGAGCAAUUUAAGUUCAGUUACGUACUGAUCGGCUGUUUCGUCGUCUCUUUGCACUCGCGUAUUAAACUUGUAUCUUUCCAUAAUCGUGUUUCUUCUGGGUUCACAAUACUCGUCAAACUUCGCGAAUAACACGUCGAUUUUGUCCGUUUGAGCCUGUGUAAACUUCAUUGUGUUAUAAAUGUCUCGCCCGUCUUGUCCGAUCACAUACCGGAACGCCGCACAUUGUUCUUUCUCGCUGGCUUUAGACAUGUUUAAUCCAAGAUAUAACUGCAUAGUUUCCUUCCAUCGUCUCCAUCUUUCGGAUAACGACAACUGUUCAGUUGUGGAAAAGUUCAUCUCUAAAGGAGGCUUCAUAAACGGCUCCAUCCUGACACCAUGUUAUGUUAUUAGUCUGUUUAUUAUGUUACAAAAACAACCCUUAUAUACAUGAAUCUAAUUAGCAUGCAUAUAUACUGAAUAUAUUACAACUAUAUUAAUAUUAAGACACGUUCAAGGGCGUAACUCCUGGGGCAAUUUUAACGACACGCUCGUCGGGCAAAAAAAUGUAAUUUAACAAAUAAUUUUUGAAAAAUGGCAAUUGUAGGAUAAAUUUAGAUAAAUUUAUGAAAAUAUUACUGAAAAUUGCCUCGGAAAAUUGUACAAAUUUCG